ACGGGCCGAAAAUACUAAGCUCCAUUCUCUCUCUCACAGCCAUACUUAAGUUCUCUCGUUCUCUCUCUCAUAGCCUCACAAGGUUGUAGUUUGUACCGUAAUCUCCCAAAAUUGUCACUGUUUCCGUGUGAUUUGCUGCAUUUUCUGGAAAUUUCAUUGCUAUUCUUCUCCUCAAGGUUCAUUUCACGUCGUAUGGAUAUCGGAAGUUUAGCUCCAUGAAAUGAUUUCUGUGAUGAGCAACGGAUUUGAAGCAAAUCGAAGGAACGAUUCAGUAGAAGAGACGAAACUUAGGGUUUCCACAACAACCUCCAGUAUCACCCCCGCUGAUGGUUCUAGGGUUUCUAUGGACGUAAAGAAUUCUAGGGCUUCGAAUUCGGAUUCUAGGGUUUCGAAUGCGGAAAACGAGGGAAAUGAAACAAUUAAGGUUAGGGUCAUGAUAGAGGAAGAAGGCGCGAACUCCGUGAAAGCGAAUCGGGUUAAGUUGGAGCAGAAAGGUAAGACGACAUCAUUAGUUUCUAGUAGAACUGAUGUCAAGAAGGGAAAAAUGGAGCCUGUUGUUUCUGGAUACCAUUUGAUGCUAUCUAAGUUCGAUGAGUUUGCAGGGAAUGGGAAGAGUUGGUCAGUUGGUUACGGUUUUGAAAUGGGUGAUAUGGUGUGGGGGAAGGUGAAAUCACACCCUUGGUGGCCAGGUCACAUUUUUAGUGAGGCGUUUGCUACUCCUUCCGUACGAAGGAGUAAAAGGGAAGGUCACAUUUUAGUGGCUUUUUAUGGUGAUAGCAGUUAUGGCUGGUUUGACCCGGAUGAGCUAGUACAUUUUGAACCAACUUUUGCUGAAAAAUCUAUGCAAACUAAUGUGAAGAACUUUGUUAAGGCGGUGGAGGAAGGGGUUGAUGAGGUAGGCCGGAGGAGUGCUUUAGGUUUGGUUUGUCAUUGUAGGAAGAGAUACAAGUUUCGUUCUGCGGAGGUUGAUGGGUUUUUUAGUGUAGAUUUUAGUGAUCUUGAGAAGAAUUGUACUUACUCUGCCAGUCAGAUUAAGAAGGCUAGGGAAAGGUUUCAACCGAAAGAGACAUUUGACUUUGUGAGGAAGUUGGCGUUAAAGCCUAGGAGUAAAGUGCACGAGACCGAUCUUAACUUUGUUAAGAAGAAGGCGACUGUGUUGGCUUAUAGGAAGGCAGUGUUUGAGGAAUUUGAUCCUACGUAUGCUGAAGCUUUUGGUGUUAUUCCUUCUAAACAAGCACAAGAAGCAGUGGCUCAGCCAUUUAGACAGCCUUCUUCAAGAGCUCCUUUGAGUGGCAGAUUGGUGCAGGCAGAAACUCUGGGUAAGGGAAAGAGUUCUGCAAAAUCUAAUAAAAUGAAGGACCAAGUUGAGAAAGACAGGUAUCUAUUUAAACGCAGAGAUGAGCCUGGUAACCUGAAAGUCCAAGUUGGUGCAGCACCAGCAGUUAAUUCUGACCAGCCCGUUCAUCUAGAUGGUUCCUCCUUAUCAGGAAAAGAUGUUUCUCCUAGUGCUGCUGAGCACCUGCCUAGUGCAUCUGGCUCCACCUUGAUUGAGCAGCCAUUAAAUCCGGCAGCUAAUGUGGAAGAACUGCAUGGACAGAGACAAGCUGAAGAUGAUGGUACUGAUGUUGUGCAGCCUUCUGUGCCUACUGAAGCAAAGCUGCAUGCUGGGGGUUCUCGAGUAAAGAAGAUCAAUAGUGGACCAGAUAGGGUCAAGAUUCGUAAACGUUCUGGCGAGGAAGUGAGUGGUGGCAGUAGUCCCUCAACCGAGAGGAAGAAAAAGAAGAAAAAGAAGGCGGAGGGGGGCUUGAAUGCAAACUCUAAUCAUGUGGAGGGACAAGUAGCUGUUUCUUCAGAUAGUAUGGUGAUGGAGAAAGUAGCAAGAGAGUCUGUCCAAGUUCCUUCAGCUUCUAGGGAAGAACUUCAAAUGGAUAUUCAGCAAAAGGGUGAUGCCACAGGUAGCUCUGUGCCUGAUGGUUUGGUAACAGAAGAUGAGGUUCGGGUUAGAAGCAACAAUAUUGAGCUUCCUCAAGUACUUAGUGAUUUACAUGCUCUUGCUCUUGAUCCAUUUUAUGGUGUAGAGAGCAGCAAUAUAAAAACAAUACGAGAACUGUUCUUGAAAUUCCGGUCUCUUGUCUAUCAAAAAAGCUUGGCCUUGUCUGCCGCAGUUGAGAGUGAGUCAAGUACCCCCAUCAGCAAAUCACAUGUUGUCGCCCAUAUCUCAGACACUGCCUCCACCAAUAAUGUGAAACAAACAUCAAAUCUGAAGCCAGAGAAGAAUCCUGCCAGGCCUGAUGAUCCUACCAAAGGAGGGCGAAAGAGGGGUCCUUCAGAUAGGCAAGAGGAAAUUGCUGCCAAGAAGAAGAAAAAGAUCAAUGAUGUGAGAGCAUUGGCAGCACAAAAGAAGGCUUCCUUGAAGGCUUCAGAAGUUCAACAAGGCGAAAGCAAGGAAAUACCUGCCAAAAAACUGUCUUCAACACAAGCGAAAGUCUCUAAGCCAGAUAUUGGUAAGAAGAAGGAGCCUGACCCAACCAUGCUUAUUAUGAAGUUUCCACCUAAUGGAGCUCUUCCCUCCAUUCCUGAGCUGAAGGCUAAGUUUGCCCGUUUUGGAAUUAUGGAUCAUUCAGCUACUCGGGUCUUCUGGAAGUCAUCCACCUGCCGUUUGGUCUACCAAUACAGGGAUCAUGCAGUGGGGGCCUAUAGAUUUGCCAGUGCUAGCAAUAAUUUGUUUGGGAAUCCCAAUGUGAGAUGCUACAUUAGAGAAGUGGCAGCCGAAGCACAAGACGCAGAAACUAUCAAGGUGCCAAAGGAAGAUGUUGCCGCCGAGACUUCUGCAGCAAAAGAUGGGGCAGCUGAUUCGAGGUCCUCAACAAUGCCUGGGCAGCUGAAAUCAUGUCUAAAGAAACCCCCAGGUGAGGAAGGGCCAAUGAGCAAUGGUGGUAAUGGUAGUAAUAGGGUAUCACCCCGUGUAAAAUUUAUGUUGGAAGAAGCUAUUAUUAGAGGUGAGCAGACAAAUGAUAGUAGGACCGUCAACGAUGCUAGUAGUAUUGCUGAUCGAAGUGCAUCUUCUAGUUCUAAUAUCAACAAUUAUACAACUCAGUCGUCCAUGAUCCCUCUUCCUACUGCUCCAUAUGCCAAUGCACCAAAUGAUGUUCACUUUACUCAUCAAGUAGCCCAUAGAAACGUGCCCAAUUAUAACAAUCAAGUGUCCGUUCCUGAAGUUGAUAUUUCACAACAAAUGCUAGGCCUUCUCACCAGGUGUAGUGACAUUGUGACUGAUCUGACGGGUUUAUUGGGCUAUGUCCCUUACCAUUCCCUUUAAUUGGCUCAUGACUUUUGGAAGGCUUUUGGCCAGCACCAAUCAUCAAUGCAAUGCACAACAUUAGCGUUGGGAAUGUCGGAAGAGCACUUCUGAAGCAAAGGACGCAGAUUAAUUUUUGCAUAUGAUAAGGGAGCAGCCAGGGUGGAAAUUGGAAUUACUAAAAAUUGCCCCGAUUGUGUACUUUCAGAUAGCCUGUAUCGAAGAAUGAUGAUAGUGAUUUUGUUUUUUAUUUGUCUACCCCCUGCCCAUCCCCUCCCUUCCCACCACCUGGCCCCUUCUUGAGACUCUCAGAAUUGACAUGUUAUACAAUUGAAACUAUGUAAAACUGUU